AUGGCUCACGUUCACAAGGCUCCGUACCCUGUUAUUGACACCGACCCGAAUUUCACUCGCGUUGUGCGGUACUUCCGCCCAUCAGACUAUGCGCUCGGCGCCGGCCUCACUGCCCUGGGCCCUGGCUUCAUAUACUGGAUGGAGAAGUACCAGCCGUCGGGCAACCCCGGUAAGCCGCUGAUGCGCGCCAUGAAGAUCGCCGCCUCGGAGAACACGCGCGAGAUCCAAAAGUACCGCGUCGAGUACCGCAAGCUGAAGGCACAGGGCAAGCCCAUGUACGGCCCGUCGUCGCUGCCGCUGAACGUGCAGCGCGUGUCGGCUGAGUACUCGACGGGAGCGUUCUUGAACUUUGACGUAAUCCCGUGGUUCAACGUCACCAACCAUGGCUAUCAUGGCCAGAGCGAGGGCGUGAUUCCCGAGGACGAGAAGUAAAUGAAUGUCUUUCCCCCUGUUUUACAAAUAUACGCAACAUCUCUGUUUCCUGGACG